AUCAGACUGCACCUUUUCCUCCUCAGGAGAACGGAGAGAAAGAGAGAGAGAGAGAGAGAGCGCGCGCGAGAGGGGAAAGGAGAGCUAGAAAGAGAAAGAGAGGGAGCGCGAGGCGGAGACCAGCAGCACCUUGUCACCUAGACGCGAGCCGGUGAUAGUUUCGUCCCUGCCUCCGGUGUCCGGCUCUAUUCGCCCGCCAGGAGCGCGGCUUCUCUCUCCUUCUCUCGCGGAUUCAGAUUUCCCCUCAAAUGGGAAGGAAAAUCGAUGAGUCGCCACUGUUGCCACGGAACCACAGGAUGUGCGCGAGGUCGCUGGAGAGAGUGAUGACGCGGCAGUGAGAGGCACACAUACCUCACUCGCGCACGCACACCCUCUCACACACACACACACACACACACGCAGACACACACACGUACUUGCCCACACACACUUUAAGUCUUGCCCUACUAAGGUAGGGAGGAGGGGGGAGAAAAUACUGCUAUGACGGUGUCAUUUCUCUCCAUUACCAGUGUGUGAGCCACACACACACACACACACACACUCAUACUCGUACUCCGCGGGGAGUUGCCUGCAUGGGGGAUAAGGCCCUAUCUAGGGCACAGAGAUGGAGUUCACAUCCUAUUUGUUUCGUAUCUAACACGCACACACACAAAUACACACUCCCGAAAAUCGCUUAUGUCAGAAGUGAAGAAUGAAAGACUGAACGGAGAGCAGACACUGAAGAAGUCAGAGAAGACGCAAGCACCAGGCCGAGGCAAAGAAAGAUGUCCAAGUCGCGCUGAAAAGACGGAGGAGCUGUUGUUUAACCCCCCUCCCCGCCGGAGUUGUCGGACCCCCCAGCGUAAAGAGCGCCACCAAGGAAGCAGCGUGCACCUGACACCUACAAGUGUUCCACAAAGUGCCCUACAGUUGUCGCCAUGAGCUGUAGGCUAGAGGGAAAAGCUCAGCUCUAGCCUCCAUCUACUCCCGUUGUGUGUGUGUGAGUGUGAGAGCGAGUGCGUGUAUGAGUGUAAUGGCCGUUUGUGUUUGGGCGGCAGCCCCUCUGCUCUUCCUGGGGCUCUGCCUGUGCAGCGUGGGGGGCCAUGCCCAAGGAGAAGUCCUGGAGUUCGGAGGCGUGUCCAGCCAGUGGGGGCGGUUCCCCGUGUGGAAUGCCUGCUGCGAGAGUGUGCUGAGCUUCAGCCUGCGGACUCACAGCCAAGAGGGCUUGCUGCUCUACCUCGACGACGAGGGAUUUUGCGACUUCCUGGAGCUGCUGCUUCUCCACGGCCACCUCCGCCUGCGCUUCUCCAUCUUCUGCGCCGAGCCGGCCGAGCUGCAGUCGGGCGUGGCGGUGAGCGACGGGCGGUGGCACGCGGUGCGUGUCAGGCGGGACUGGAGGAACACCUCGCUGGAGGUGGACGGACGAUUGGAGGGAUGGGCGGAAGUGAAGAGUAAGAGAAGAGACAUGACGGUGUUCAGUCACACCUACAUGGGCGGGUUGGCGCCGGAACUCCACUCCUCGCCCCUGCGUCUCACCUCUUCUUCGGUGCGGGAAUACCCCGCCUUCCGUGGCUGGAUCACGGCGGUGAGCAUCAACGGCUCGCUGGUGGUGCUGGACAGCUCGGAGGGCGUCACAAUAACAAGUGGCUGUGGGCCAGACCACCAGUGCCAGAACGGAGGAGUGUGCAGUGUGGUCAACGACCAGGCCGUCUGCGACUGCUCCGACACCGGUUACCAAGGCAAUGACUGCAGCGAAGAGCACAGCUACACCCCAGGUCUGGCACACCUGAUGAUUGGCGACCAAGGCAAGCAUGGAGCUCGGGAGGACUUUGUCGCAACCUUCAAGGGCUCUGAGUAUUUCUGCUAUGACUUGUCGCCCAACCCCAUCCAAUCUAGCAGCGAUGAAAUCACGCUCUCCUUCAAGACGCUGCAGCGAAACGGCCUGAUGCUGCACACUGGCAAGAGUGCCGACUACGUUAACCUGGCACUCAAGAACGGUGCCGUGUCACUUGUCAUCAACCUCGGCUCUGGGGCCUUCGAGGCCUUGGUGGAGCCCGUCAACGGCAAGUUCAACGACAACAGCUGGCACGACGUCAAGGUCACCCGCAACCUGAGACAGCACUCAGGCAUUGGACACGCUAUGGUGACCAUCUCGGUGGACGGCAUCCUGACCACCACGGGCUACACGCAGGAGGACUACACCAUGCUGGGCUCUGAUGACUUCUUCUACGUGGGAGGGAGCCCCAGCACUGCGGAUCUGCCGGGUUCUCCAGUCAGCAAUAACUUCAUGGGCUGUCUCAGAGAGGUCGUGUACAAGAACAAUGACGUGCGGUUGGAGCUGUCUAGACUGGCUAAACAGGGAGACCCAAAGAUGAAGGUAAGUGGGGUGGUGUCCUUUAAGUGCGAGAGCGUGGCGACGCUGGACCCCGUGACCUUUGACACCCCAGAGUCUUUUGUGGCACUGAGCAAGUGGACAGCGAAGAAGGCAGGAUCCAUCUCGUUUGACUUCAGGACCACGGAGCCCAACGGGCUGAUGCUAUUCAGCCACGGCAAACCACGACAGCAGCAACGCAAGGACCCACGCACACCCCCUACCAUGAAGGUGGAUUUUUUUGCCAUCGAGAUGCUGGACGGACACCUGUACCUGCUGCUGGACAUGGGUUCAGGAACCACCAAGACCAAGGCCAUCGACAAGAAGGUGAACGACGGGGAGUGGUACCACGUCGACUUCCAGAGAGACGGACGCUCAGGGACCAUCUCGGUGAACAGCGUGAGAACGGCGUACACGGCCCCGGGAGACAGCGAGAUCCUCGACCUGGAUGACACCUUGUAUCUCGGGGGGCUGCCUGAGGACCGCGCCGGACUCAUCUUCCCGACGGAGGUGUGGACGGCUCUGCUGAACUACGGCUACGUGGGCUGCAUCAGAGACCUGUUCGUGGACGGUCAGAGCAAAGACAUCCGGCGACUGGCUGAAGCCCAGAGAGCGGUGGGGGUGAAGCCCUCGUGUUCCAGAGAGCCACCGAAACAGUGCCUGUCCAACCCCUGCCAGCACAACGGUAUCUGCAGGGAGGGCUGGAACCGCUACGUCUGUGACUGCUCCGGGACGGGUUACCUGGGACGCUCCUGUGAGAGAGAUGCGACUAUCCUGUCGUACGACGGCAGCAAGUUUAUGAAGGUGCAGCUGCCUGUGGCGAUGCACACCGAGGCGGAGGACGUCUCGUUGCGCUUUCGCUCCCAGCGGGCCUACGGCGUUCUCAUGGCAACCACAUCCCGCAACUCCGCAGACACCCUUCGUCUGGAGCUGGAUGGAGGCCGCGUCCGACUCACUGUCAACCUAGACUGUAUCAGGAUAAACUGUACAGCCAGUAAAGGCCCAGAGACCAUCUUUGCUGGGUCCGGGCUCAAUGAUAAUGAGUGGCACACGGUGAGGGUAGUCCGGCGUGGCAAGAGCCUCAAACUCACCGUGGACGACCUGCAGCCUGUCGAAGGUCAGAUGGCUGGUGACCACACCCAGCUGGAGUUCCACAAUGUGGAGACGGGCAUUGUGACGGAGAAGCGCUUCAUGCCCGCCGUGCCUUCCAACUUCAUCGGCCACCUCCAGGGCCUGACGCUGAACGGCAUGCCCUACAUUGACCUGUGCAAGAACGGCGACAUCGACUACUGCGAGCUCAACGCCGUUAUCGGUUACAAGAGCAUCGUGGCGGACCCCGUCACGUUCCGCUCGCGCUCCAGUUUCGUCACGCUGCCCACGCUGCAGGCCUACUACUCCAUGCAUCUCUUCAUGCAGUUCAAGACCACGUCCCCCGACGGCCUCAUUCUCUUCAACAGCGGAGACGGCAACGACUUCAUAGUGGUGGAGCUGGUUAAAGGCUACCUUCAUUACAUCUCUGACCUGGGCAACGGAGCACACCUGAUCAAGGGCAACUCUAACAGUCCUCUUAAUGACAACCACUGGCACAACGUGCACAUAUCCAGAGACACUAACAACCUUCACACAGUCAAGAUUGACACCAAAGUCACAACGCAGACCACCAUGGGUGCCAAGAACCUUGACCUAAAGGGUGACCUGUACAUCGGGGGCGUUUCCAAAGAGAUGUACCGCGACCUGCCGAAGCUGGUUCACUCUCGUGAGGGAUUUCAGGGUUGCCUGGCAACAGUCGAUCUAAACGGCCGGCUCCCGGACCUUUUGGCCGAUGCCUUGGCAACCGUAGGGCAAGUGGAGAGAGGUUGCGAAGGUCCCAGCACUACCUGUCAAGAAGACUCCUGCUCAAACCAGGGAGUCUGUUUGCAGCAGUGGGAGGGCUUCACCUGCGACUGCAGCAUGACUUCGUAUGCUGGGCCUCUGUGCAAUGAUGCUGGGACCACUUACAUCUUCGGUCGCGAUGGAGGAUUGGUGGUUUACACGUGGCCCCCUAACGAACGGCCCAGCACCAGGGCGGACCGGCUCGCCCUCGGGUUCAGCACCCAACAGAAGAAUGCGAUUCUGCUCCGGGUGGAUAGUGCAUCUGGCCUGGGAGACUACCUUCAGCUGCAGAUAGACAAAGGCAACAUUAGGGUAGUGUUUAAUGUUGGCACUGAUGAUAUCAACAUCGAGGAGAGCUCCAAGUUUGUCAACGACGGGAAGUACCACAUAAUCCGGUUCACCCGCAGUGGUGGCAAUGCGACCCUCCAACUGGACGACCUGCCGGUCAUAGAGCGUUACCCCUCAGGCAACUUUGAUAGCGAGCGCCUGGCCAUCGCCAGACAGCGAAUCCCCUAUCGGCUCGGUCGAGUAGUUGACGAUUGGCUACUCGACAAAGGUCGCCAGCUGACCAUCUUCAACAGCCAGACGACGGUGCGCGUGGGCGGAGGCGAGCAAGGCGCCGACAUGUUCCAGGGGCAGCUGUCCGGCCUCUACUACAACGGCCUCCGCAUCCUCAACAUGGCCGCCGAGGGGCACCCCCACAUCAAGGUGGAGGGCAGCGCGCGCCUGGUCGGCGACAUGCCCUCGUCCUCCAUCACCCCGCAGUCCAGCGCCGCGGCCGGGGGCAACCGCUCGGACUCCGCCCCCUCCAUCAGUGACAUCACAACCACCACGGCCACCAACAGGAAGCAGGGCUCCACGCAGCAGUCGGUAGACGACAUGGUGGUGGCGUCGGCCGAGUGCCCGAGCGACGAUGACGAAGACAUGGACCCCUGUGACCCCAGUUCAGGGCCCCCCAUGCCAGAGGUCAAGUUGUUCCCGGGUCCCUCUGAGGUGGUGCGGGAGAGCAGCAGCACCACGGGCAUGGUGGUGGGCAUCGUGGCGGCCGCCGCCCUCUGCAUCCUCAUCCUCCUCUACGCCAUGUACAAGUACCGCAACCGCGACGAAGGAUCCUACCACGUGGACGAGAGCCGCAACUACAUCAGCAACUCGGCCACGCAGCCCAACGGCAGCGCCAAGGACAAGCCGCUGGGCAUCGCCAAGAUCUCCAAGAACAAGAAGAACAAAGACAAGGAGUACUAUGUCUGAGGAGGAAGACUUCCAGCGCGCAGGCAUACAUGCAUACACCUUUAUAUAUAAUGGUAUAUGUACAUAAAAUAGAUAUAUUCUCCAAAAAAAAAAUCAAAUAAAAAGUACACACAUACACACUGACAUAGACAUGCUGAUGUUAAUGUUUACUUUCAAACGAUCACACGACGCACACACCGGCAAGCACAAACACGAACACACGCACAUCCAAGCACAAACACACACACAGACUGGCCUGAGGGCACGAGCCCUCGCUGUACAGUAUUUACCAAUGAGCAAAGCCUCGGAGAGAGGCGCGUUUUAUGAACGUAAACACCAUUCCAAACGAUUUAGAAAGCACCAGUUCAACUCCCAGUUAAGAACCGUUUCGGGACCAGCCAGAUCUAAAUACCAGUCACUCCCCCUGCCGCAGCGGGACCUCUCCAGUUGGACUCGGAGAGGUCGAGGAGUGACUUUUUAAGCGAAGCACAUGGCAGACCGAGUGUAUUGAGCGAGAGGCAGAGCACCAGAACAAAGAUGAUGUUAAAGCACCAAGACAAACACUAAGUGUCUCUUCCAAGCUCCUUGGCCUUCCUCCCUGUUAGCAGAUGGGACUCGGGCGAAGCGCCGCGGACGCUGAGGAAACAAGCACAUCGACAGUCCAAGUGUUAUCCCCCACCUGACAGGACGAGAAUUCGAGAUGUAGCCAUAGAGACGUUGAAUUACGAGUGGACAGGCAGAAGCAGGGGCUGGUGACCGUUAACGGGAUGGAUGGGCUGUGGUUGUUACGCUGCAGAGCUGAUGUUUUACGACACCCUGUAAAUCACAAAGGUGGAAAUCAGCAGAAAACUGAGAGAUAUUUUCCUGGACAGGAUACUUGAGACUUCAGAUGCUACCUACAGAGACCAGUCAGUCUUGCACGACUGCAGCGUCACACACACACACACACAAACACACACACACAUACAUACAGCGCAAACACAUUUAAAUAUAAACAAUCUACACAUGCACAUACCUGCUAAGGACCCACCAUUAUCUUCAUAACUGACACUGAAGACUAUUCAAGAAGACAAUGGUGAAAACGAUCAUUACGACAACUGUUAUGGCAACAGUGACGACGAAUAUCAAGAACAUUUUGGGCAGUAUAGACUCCGGGGACGGGAGGGGGGGGAUCUUAUUGCACGUGAAUUAUCUUACUCCGUGUGAUUUAUACCGCGUUGAAAACUCCAGAGGUUACACCGUUGACGCACCACCCAUCGUAAAAACUUACCACCUCGGCUCGAAAGCGUUUCCUAAAUGUGGACUUCAAAUGGGUUUCAGUCCGUGGGAUUCAACAAUGAUUUAAAAUCUCAAAUCUCCAUUGACAAAGUGUGACCAUCCCGAGUGUGCUGCAUGCCUGCGUCUCGAAGCUGUGCUGUGGAGUGGUGGCGUGUCCCACUAUAAGUUCAGAGGUGGUAGGUUUGUAUGUGGGGGGGGGGGGGGGGAAGAAGGGGGAGGAGGAGGAGGAGGAGGAGGGUGUUGCGGGUUGCAGUGUAACUCCAGUGCAACGCCCACUACUGGUCACAUCCUGUUUUCUAGCCUGACGUCUCAUAGGCCACGCCCACUACAUCUGCGCUAAGCAACCACCUUUUAUAGCAAAAAACCAGCCGAGGAAAAGAAUCAAAAACAGAACAAAGUAAAUGUUACCAUGUGUUGCUAAUAGAUAGAAAAGUUCCAGUUCUUGAUGCCAUCGGCUUUACGACCACUUGAGUUGCUUUGAUUUCAUCCCCCCCCCCCCCUUUGCGUCCUCAUGUGUUCAUGCCGUCGGUUGACUGGUUCAUCGGAGCUCAUGACCGAUGAACACAGGACACACAGAUGGGCGGAGACUGCUGGACUGGCAGCGUCUGAGCCCUCUCCGGGUCAAGAGUUGUAGCCCCAUGAGAUAUCAAUACAAACAGUGCCAUGACAUUAACAAGCCCCUCCAGUUCUUCCAAGCAGUGUAACUAACCAUGUCAGAUGCAUGCAAAACGGACCGGGACAAGGGAGGACACGAAACAGACUGUGUGUGAGAUUUCAAAGUAUAGUGUCAAAAUUAACUUAACAUUUCCCCUUCUUCUCUCCAUCCUUAACUGGCCUUUUUGACCUCCUUCCCCUCGCCUUUUCUCGUUUUAGUAUGUUUCCCUCCCGGGUUCCUCCAUGUCGGUCGCUCUUUCUUUUCCCUCUAUCUCUGUUGUGUUGCCAUCUGAAACAAAAGGAGGCGUCUCCGCCAGUGGGAUUCUACAUCUAGGUGUUCAUUAACCAUGUUUAUUUUCUAUAUGUACAAUUUUUCUACAGUAUUUACUUUUAUUUUUAUUGUUACAGUUCUUUGAUGAACAUAAAGUGGAAAUUUAUUAUGAAAAAUAGUUUUGAAGAUUAAUGAGUAAAUAAAAUAUUACCCAAGUGA